UAAAAUAACAAAACAAUAAUGUUGUAUAUGUAAGAUUUCAUCAUCAUUCAUCAUCACCAAUCUCUUCACAAGAUUCUCCUCUCCUCCAACUCGCUCUCAGUUGACUCAUUCCAAUCUCAUCCCUUACCAGAUCAACUACAACCACCACUUCCUCUGCCGUACUCCGCCGUCAAUGCAAAUCUCACCGUCGAUUUUCGUCGGAACUUCAUCCUCUCCCAUAUCUCGGGAAUAACCAAACCUUCCGUUUGACUUUUGCUUUUCAGCGAUUUCGAUGGCUCUCUUUCCCUCUUUUGUGGUUCUUGUAGUUCUCUGUUCAUUCCUCCUCUCCGUCGAUGCUAGUGAUGGAGACACCGAUCUGAUUUACAAGGGUUGUGUAGAACAGUGCGAGAAAUCUGGAUGUGUAGGGGAUAGAUGCUUUCAACAUUGUAAAUUCUCAUCAGAUGGAAAACCAAUUGAUGGUCCGUGGUAUAUGCACGAACCACUUUACCUGGAGUGGAAACAAUGGGACUGCCGCACCGAUUGUCGAUAUCACUGCAUGCUAGCCAGAGAGGAAGAAAGAACAAAGCUUGGUGAAACGCCUGUCAAGUAUCAUGGAAAAUGGCCGUUUAGGCGCAUUUAUGGGAUUCAGGAACCCGUGGCUGUUGCUCUGUCAGCCCUGAAUCUUGCUAUGCAGUUUCAUGGCUGGGUAUCCUUCUUCAUUCUUGUUUACUACAAGUUGCCUUUGAGGCCAGACAAGAAAGCUUAUUAUGAGUACACCGGCUUGUGGCAUAUUUAUGGGAUACUUUCGAUGAAUGCAUGGUUGUGGAGUGCUGUUUUUCAUAGUAGAGCUGUCGAUUUAACAGAGAAGUUGAAUUAUUCUUCUGCUGUUGCUUUGCUUGGAUUUUCCCUCAUCCUGGCAAUACUUCGAGCUUUUAAUGUGAGGGAUGAGGCAACAAGAGUCAUGGUUUCUGCUCCCUUGGUUGCUUUUGUGACAACUCAUAUCAUGUAUCUGAAUUUCUACGAACUGAAUUAUGGUUUGAACAUGAAAGUUUCCAUGUUGAUGGCUGUUGUCCAGCUUCUUAUUUGGGCAAUCUGGGCCGGUGUUUCUAGCCAUCCAGCACGAUGGAAAUUAUGGACAGUAGUGGUGGGAGGAGUUGUUGCUAUGAUCUUGGAGACAUAUGACUUUCCACCGUACAUGGGAUAUGUGGAUGCUCAUGCAGUAUGGAAUGCAGCAAACAUUCCUCUCACAUUCCUUUGGUGGAGUUAUAUAAGGGAUGAUGCUGAGUUUAGAACCUCUGCUCUCCUUAAGAAGGUCAAAUAGUGCUGUGGAAUAAUGGAGACAGAAGGGUGGAUCAGAUGCUUAAAUUCAUAUGCUUACUUUGAUUUGUAUAUUACAACUGUUUUCCUUUUCCUCGUGUCAGGCACUUUUUUAAGUGCUUAACACGAUGGCUUUUAUGUUUUUGAGUUUGUAACUCUUGUUUUCCUCAAGUAUGGGGUAUACUUUGUUAAUGUAAUUUAAUGUUUCAAUUCCUUCCAUACCUUUUUAAGUGCAUGCUUGGAUUGGUAGUUAUAUUGACAAAAUCACAAUGAUCCAUCUCGACCUUGGCAAAAUUUACACUUCAGUUUUUACAAAAUCAGUGUUAUCAUGAUUUUGUCAACCACACCACCUAUCCAAACAUACACUAAAUUCUAAACCCCCAUCCCCUUUUUUUAUUAAACUCUUGAGUUAAUAGACCCAUUUUGGAUUGCAAA